AUGACAUAUACUGGUAGCCAUCAGCUAAUCGAGGAAGAAACACUACCACUAUUUUAUCAGAAGCGCUACUACCCAGUCAAAAUUGGCGAUAUCUUCAAACAACAAUAUCGAAUCAUCGCAAAGCUAGGGUACGGAGCGUAUUCCACCUUUUGCCUUGCUCGAGAUGAGAGAUCGAAGCAAUAUAUCUCACUGAAGGUCUGCAUUGAAGAUGGAACGGAGACAUCGCCGGUUGUCAAUGAAGUUGCCAUGCUAAGGCGCUUGAGUGAAUUUGCUAGAGAAGCUGAUCAUCCAGGCUUAGACUUCACGCGUCUUGCCCGCGAUAUCUUCGAGAUUGAUGGACCAUAUGGUCGUCAUUAUUGUAUUGCGACCAAACCACAAGGAAGUAGCCUCCGCACAUUACAGGAAACAUUUGCCGAUGCAAUCUUCCCAAGGACGCUGGUAAAAUCUUUGGUACAUCACAUUUCCCCCCAAAAUGUCCUGACAGCGUUUGGGGACGAAACCAUCUUUAAAGACAUCGAGGACCAAGAGUCGCAAGAUCCGAGCACGCCUAUCAUGAAUGAUGGAGUUCCCGUUUACAGGUCUCGGCCUGUCACGGUUGAACUUUCGGGCAUCCCUAUCCUCACUGAUUUUGGCCAAAUGCGAUUAGCGGAACCGAUGAAUAAUGAUUGGUGGAUGUCCGAUUCAUAUCGAGCUCCGGAGGUACUCCUGAAGCUUCCUUGGGCCUUCCCGGUCGACGUUUGGUCAGUGGGUGUCAUGCUUCUGGAAGGAAGAAGUCUGUUUGAUCCCAUUGAUCGUGUUCACGAUCAAUAUGUUCUACCGUUAGCACUGUCGCAGUAUAUCGGAUAUCUUGGCCCACCACCGCUGGAGAUGAUCAAACGGAGCCCGCUUUUCCAGACAUAUUUUGACGAAGAAGGCAAGUUUUAA